CGACAGGUCUGAUCUGUGUUAUAAAUGUUGUGUUAGUUUAUGAUUUUGUCGAAGAAGUUGCGUGAUCUGGUAUGCAGAGCACUCGCAAGAAUUCAUUUGUAGCAUAGAAGUGUAGAUGAAACGAAAGCUGCGAUACAGCUAGGAGUUUGUCUUUUUUGAUUCUGUUUCUUAAUCCUAGUGUUAAAGAUAUCGUUGUAUGCAGCUUCCACCUAUGUCGUGAAGAUCAGAAGUACCUAGUUUUGAAGGAGGAGGUCAUGAUUUUUGAUAUUGGUAGAAAACAUUAAUUGCGCAGCCGAAAAAAGUAUUUGAGCUGCAAAGAAGUGCAAACACUUAGAACCAUGGAGUCGUUUCCUCCAGCGCAACAUAAGUCUCACCACCACGAGCAGAAGAAAUCUGCGAACGCGUGGUGGGGGAACAACCGUAAUAAGAUAAACACCUCUUACAGCAACAGAAAAACCAGCGGGGCCGGAGGUAGUACUACUACGGGUUGUAUGAAAAUGAACUACGCAGAGCAGGAGCAGACCGCUCGUCCGUCUGCUCCUUUCCGGAAGAUCUCUUUCCCGGCGCUUGGUGGUGAGGUUGAAGAUGGAGUAGGAGAAGAUGAGGAGGAACAAGGAAAAAUUUUUGAGCAAGAAACCGAGUUGCAAUAUGAUAAUCUUCAGGCGCAUCCGCAUGAAGUAGAAGACGUUGAUCCGAAGCUCCAGCCGCAAAUUUCCCUUUCGACCCACUUCGAUGACUGUGGAACGAGUUUGUGCGACCGGAGUCCGCGGCAGACACGGGGGAAAACUUUUUCGUCGUUCGACAAAGACACAACUGGAGGUCAACAUCAUACCCAUUCAACUCAGUCCUACAACUCGUCCUAUCAUUCCCACCCUCCGCCGCCGAAGUGCGCCCCUCCCCCGCCGCCCCUGAACCAAAAGCCGCCAUUGUAUGUGCAGCUGGAGACGAUUCGGAAACUGUCCAUGAGUCCGUCCGUUCCCGGGUCUGUCACUUCCACUUUGGGCGGAACAGCUUCUGCAGGUGGAUGUUUGAAAAGCCAUCACCAAGCAGGGAACAACUGGAACAUGAAUCAACAUGCGCCGCCACCUGCUACUGCAGCUGCAGGAGGCGGGCAGGGGCAGCAUCAACAGCAUCAGCAACAGUACCACCACAACUAUCCCUACUUAUGCAUUGCAAAAGUAUCGUACUCGUAUAAAUGCAUGACAAAUUCGCUCAGCAUAAGAAAAGAAAUUUGUCAUGUGGAUUUACCUUGAGAAAGAAAUUUGUAAUGCAUGAUUGCAAUUACUACGAGUACGAUACUUUUGCACAGGAUACUACUCGAAGAGCAACGAAAUCACCUCCCCGCCCCCCGAACUUGCGGUGCCGGACCAUCAAAGGCGUUCGCAGGGAGGUGGUAGUCACGCCCCGCCGUACCUGCAGCCUCCAUAUCCUGAGCAAAAACGUCCCCACACCAGAGUCCAGAUGGGAAAUCUGCUAGACAAAUCAGCCAGCUUUGGUGGUUUCGCGUGACAAGUCUGUCCUCAUAGUGUGAUCCUGUUUAGCUAGUUUGAGCAGCAUCACAGAUCUAGUCUGUCAUGCUGAUUGGAGCAUGACAGAUUCCAAAACACGACUAGAAAAGGCUUCUGAUGGAGCUCCGCAUGAGAAACAUUUUCAGCAUGCAGAUUAGCAUGACAACUCUGGGGUGGGGACGUUUUUACUCAGAAUACUCCGAUGAGAAUCCCCACGCCUGCGGAAUUAGAGGCGAAGAUGCACUAGCAAGUGUAAAAAUGUCUGGGUCUGGAAGAAUGCGCGAUUUGCCAUGCUGCUUUUCCAUGACCCAUGAGGUCUGGAAUGCCGGAGCUAGCAUGACAGAUUCUGCGAGACCUUUCUAAUGCCUAUCCUGCAUGAGAAACUACCUCCCGACUUGGUCAAAAUUGGGCGACUUUUGGUAAUCAUGCAGCACAGAUUUUUGCAUGCUGCAGAUUUAGCAUGACAAGUUGCAAUCUUCCAGACCCAGACGUUUUUACAUUUGAUAUGCACCAGCGGGCUGUUGGUGGUGGUCCACCUAUAAUUGAUCCUUUGUCAGGCGGCCCGUGUCCCCGUCCCUUUGUUCCUUCCAGCAGGGGACAUCAUCACACAAGAAGUUCUUUCGAACAACAAAAUUUCCACCAACGCGGGGGCUGCGCGACCUCCUACCCUUUUAACUCAACCACUCCGCCCCCACUCCCGGCGCUCAAUUUUGGGCAGCCGCCAGGUCGUGGGGGUGUUGCACCAGCACGACCGGCGCGACCAGAUUAUGUUGGGCAAGGUGGACUUGGACUACAGACGGGCGAUCCUACUUUGCCGCGGGGGCAUGACCAUAUCCACCCUCAGGGCAUGUACAACGGAACAGACCCGCAGAUGAGGACGACUGGCCCUCUAUUGCAUCCGAGACAAUCACGACCACCCUCAGUUUUGGAGCUACAAAAGCUGCUACCGGAAACUGUGUCGCCGGUAGUGAUCGUUUGGCUUAAAAGUAGCGUAUUGAGCACAAUGAAGAUCAUGUUGAAACGGAAUAAAUUUUUCACCCUCAUGUUUGAGAAUUUAUUUUGAUUUGUUGCUUCGUAGAGCAUGCUGAAUUUGGCACGUUGAUAAAUCGUGAAACUGCAGGUCCUCUUUCCGCAGGAAAAGGAACGGAAGCGGUUGCAGUCGCUCUGCGACCGAGAGUUGCUCCACCAAGAACUCGAGAAGCAGCUCGUACAGGAAGGCUUGGCGGUGCAUAACCCAGUAUUUUCUUCUUCAAACGGAGCGGGUGCGGGCGUUACGACGAGCGGAACUAAGAUAUUGGAAAAAAAUGUUACGACAUCUGAUGCUGGUGCGGGAGGAGGUGGAGGUGCUCCUCCCCCUGCCCCGCCAGGGACGAUGUUCGAGAAGCAAGUCGCUACAAACAAUCUGAGGCACCCGCGGCCGACAGCCAACUCCUCUUCCAAAAUUUUUGACGUCAUCCCCGUGGCGCUACCUCUGAGGACUACCACAGCUGGUGCUCCUAGUUCUAGUACCCAGGAAGCAAAAAAUGUCGAAAAUCCACAAGAUUUUUCGUCGUCGUUGUGUGGCAAAAACCGUACAUCUGGCGACCAGGGUAGUUCGUUUGGACGAGGUCCACCUGUUGGCGUACAUACAACAAGCAGCGGAGGUGCUCCAGGACUUGCCAUUGAUACUGCAGCAGCGGACGCUGAAGCUGAAAAGGAAAACCUAAGGCAGGCCACCUCGGAAAAUAGUAUCAACCCUCCUGCUCGCAUUGUUCAGCAAAAAGACAAGAAACACAACCAGCUGAAAUUGCGUUUGAAAGAGAUUGAAAAAACCUUCAACACGAGCCCGGAAACCAACCCAAAAUCAAUUUUUCUCUUGAAAAACCCCGCCGAGGUCGAGCUGUUUACCUCUGGACACGCGCAGUUCUGCUCCACUGCAGCUGCAAGGGAGGAGCUGCACAGGAAAAAUGCAGCUUCUAAGCCAGCAAAAGAGCAGGUGGAAGAACUACCGGCCACAGGACAGCAGAAUGAGAAAACUGGAGAGGAGGAGGACGACGACGGUCUAGCUCUAGCACUUCCCGCGGACGAGGAAGGUCAACGUCAAGGUAUUGCUGACCCAGGCGCAGCAGGAGCGAGGACUUCCACAGCAAGUGCAGAAAUGAAUCCAGAUAGAAUUGCAGCAAAUAGUUCGUCCUCUACUGCAGCUCCGGUCGACGUUAAAGAAAACACCGACAAAGAAAAAAUCAAGCGGCCCGGAUCCGGAUCUUUGCUCUUCCGCUGCAAAAACCAGAGGGAAUUCGAGUUGUUUCAGGCUGGGCAUGCGAGCUACUUCGAAAAUAAGAGCAAGCAGCAUUUUUCAUCUAGCACGAAGAACGUCGUCGACGUCGACCACUACGUGAAGACAAAUCUCGACGCUGCUGGCACGACAAAAACCUUCUCCGAGCCGAAGAUUUUGAGUCUGCACAGUAUGCUCGAUUACGAUGACAGCUACUCGACGAGGCGAACCAAGUCCAUGUUUAUUGCGACGAAUCAACAUCAUCAGCAUGAUCACCCGGGUCCUGCUCCUCGCGGUACUGCGAGUACAGUACAGCAUCGCGACUACAAAGAGCAGGUGAGAAAGAACAACGAGGACGGCUUCCUACGGGAUAAAAGCAAAGGCGAUGGCUCUCGUGUUCGAGGAAGAGGUACGGAGGAAACUACAGGGGGUCGCCAUAAAGCCGUCACACAAAGUAGACAAACGGGCAGUGGGUUGUAUUACAUGAAGGAGAAGGACAUCAACUCUCAGCACAACGUCGAGGGCGAGCACCUUCUUGAGCGGGGUACUGCCCACCAGGAAGACCACUUCUGCGCGAGGAAGUUGUACUACGAUCAGCAGCAACACGUACGCGACGAAUCAAAAAGCGCCGCCCCGCGUGCAUCCUCGUCGCCCCUAACUGACACCCUCCAUUCCGAUCCCGAUAUCAUCUGGGAACAGGACCUCGCGGCGGAUCCAGUGUUCCGAACGGACUCGGGGUCGGACACUUCCUCGGACGAUUUUCAGUUGGAUUCAGAUUGGGAUUAUGAACUGCAAAAGUAUCGUACUCGUAUAAAUGCAUUACAAAUUUCCUCAGCAUGAGAAAUGAAAUUUGUGAUGCUGAUUUACCUUGAGAAAAAAAUUUGUGAUGCAAGACUUGCAUUUAUACGAAUGCGAUACUUUUGCACAGGAUUGGGAUGAGCAGGAUGUCGUCGUCGGACGACAUGUAUGAAUUGCAAAUGUGUCUGGGUCUGGGAGAGUGCAUUUUUGUCAUGCUUGUCUGGCAUGACUCGAGAAUCUGUGUUGCAUAGCCGCGCAAAGGCAAUCUUACCUGUCAUGCUCAUGCAAAAACGUACUUUGUCAUGUGGAAUACGUAACGUUGUCAUGCACGGCUGCGUAUUGCAGUGGCACUGCAAUACGCAGCCAUGCAUUACAAGUUUCCAGACCCAGACAUGUUUGCAAUGCAUAAAAUGCGGCGCCAGGGCCAGAGUAUGGUGGGCGCACCAGUGGAGGACGAGGAGUUCCUGGCAGCUCCCGACGUGACGUGGACAUGCGUGAUGCACCGGCCGUUGUCUUCAACAAUGCUGGAGCGGAAGAUGUUGGACUCCGACGUGGCAGCUCUUGCGGCAGAGAAGCUCAUGAUAAGGGGCGACAAGUCUUCGUAAACGAAGCUGCGAGUGCGACCACCUCCAAGGUCCGUCCGAGUGCUUCUACCGAAAACCAUAUGCCCGUCCCCCGAUACUACCCUUGGUAGACUUCUUGGUAGCUAUUUCUGUUCGUAUGUUGUAGUUCCACUUUAUGAAGAUUCUCCGGUCCUGUCGUGCACAUUCUAUCUAUAAAAUCUCGAAAAUUUUUUCAAUUUGUUCCGAAAGAACUUCCCCUUUCAGACGACUGGUUCGCACGACGAUUAUUUUCAUGAUCAUAUCCAUCAGGUUUCCCUACACCCACACCGCAAGUUCUACAAAUCUUCCAAUGCAUCAGCAGCAGGCAGCACAAAGGACAACAAGCGCGAUGUUGAUCCAGCAGCCCCAGCAUCUGUACCCGUCGACUCAGCCGAGGAUCCCGCAAAACAUCCUCACGAAGGAGCAUUUUCAGCUAUGCAGUGCAAAAGUAUCGUACUAUUAGUAAGUGCAGGCAUGCGUGACAAAUCUACUUUCGUACCUAAUUUUGCAUUACAAAUUCUAAUUCCCAUUUUCUUCUUGAAGAUGAAAUUUGUCAUGCGAUUUAUACUACGCACGAUGCUUUUGCCAUGCAUAUCAGCAAGAGAAAUACGAUUUGGACACGCUUUUCUUCGUUUUCUACUACCAAAAAAACAGCCACGACCAGUUGCUGGCCGCGGCGCAGCUGGAAAAAUUGGGUUGGCGCUACCACAAACUUUACAAUCUCUGGUUUCAGCGGGAGUCGGAGCCGAGGGAGUGCAACAGUGAAUUUGAGAAGGGAGACUACCGCUACUUCGACCACGAAAAAGCCUGGCGCCAGCGGUUGAAGCAAGAUUUCCGGUUUGACUACAUAUAUCUGGAAGAGGGAGUACUGGAAAAAAAUCCGGAUAUCAAAUGCAAAAGUGUCUGGGUCUGGAAGGAUGCAACUUGUAAUGCGUAUUUCAGAACACAGAAAAGUCUCUCAUGCAUACGUAGCAAAAGCUCCCACUUUUUGUCAGCAAAAUAGGGGACUUGUCAUGCGGAUUCGGCAUUGCGGAAGGUUCUCGAAACCUGUGAUGCUAGAGCUUCCAUGCCGCCCCUUCUGUGUCAUGCAAAAACAGCAUAACUCUUCCAGACCCAGACAUUUUUACAUUUGAUACCAGAAUUGGAAAAACAAGUUUUGGAGGAGGGGAAAUCGUGCUGGCUAGGAGGUAGUAGUGCUGGCGCAUCAACAUCAUGUCGGCGUGAACAAGUUGAGCAAUGUGGCGGCGAAAACUAUCAACAGCGCCAUCAUGUGGACCAACAUGAAUCUGCUACUCGUUUUUACCAGCAGGAGCAGGUUGCCGGGGCAGCUGCAGCUCGUGAUCAACGUAUUUCUUGUUUUUGAAGAUGGGUUCGUAGCACGACACCAGAACAAUUUAGAUGGACAGGAAUGGGCAAAGAAUUCCAGGGGUUUUUUUCCCGAUAGAACUAGAAGAGGCCGCGAUCUUUUUUUGAUAAGUAUAUACUCGAUCGAAUAGCUGAAGCUGCUGCAAACUGGAGCUAGAGAAAAACAUGUGUCGUGAGGAAGUACGGACUGAAGUUUGAGUUUCUGAAAAAUCAUCCCGGAUUUAAGAAGAGGUGCUAUUUUUAAACCGUUUUCGUUUUUUAUCCUUUGCGCCCCCCUGCUGUGCCUGCAGAGCGUUCUUUAUAUCUAAUGACAACGACUUGGACUUCCACCUUCCGCAAUCCGAGCUAUUUCUCGACGAUGCCGAUGCCAAUUUUGAAUGCACAUUCUUCAAUGGCUUUAUUAACAUUAAGUUUCACUCCACAUCCACAGCUUUUGGAAGAACAACAUCUAAGGACUUUUUGACUCUUGUAUUUACCUACAGGGUGUUUCGUAUUGACAACUACUUUCAUCGGUAAAGUGCUCUGGCACUAUAGAUGAAGUUUGUGCGUCGAUGGCUCUAGAGAAGCGGCCAUUACUAUUUUUAGAUCAAGCGACAUCAACAUCAUGACUCAGUGUGCACCACAAAGCGAUUCUGUAAACCCAAAAACUCAGUCGGAGGAUUCCGAUUUUAGAGGAAAAAAAGAACCUCCAGUACGACUGUGCACGAAACAUAACGACCACAUUCUUACCGCGACAGCGAGCUACUACUGCACUCUAUUACUUACAACAGAUAAUUACUGCACUCUAUUAGCUUGAUCCUGCGUUUGAUCCUGCGUUGUUGAGAACGGAUACUACCCCUUUCCAAAUCAAAACACAUUAGGACCCGGGGGGACAGGAAGAGCCCCCCGGUAGCGCUAGAAAGACGUACUCACAUGGGUGCACACAUAAGGACGUUGAAAAAGAAACACACACACGCACACACGUCGGUCAAAAAACAGAAACAAUAUGCGUCCUGCACAAACUGCCCUGACUCACUCACCGGGUGGAUGCGCCACCGAGGUCCGUCGCUGCAGUAGCUUAAAUAAUAAAUAAUAUAAAGAAAAAUAUAGAAAUAGUAGCGGCAAAGCUAUCUGUAGUGCUUUCCUGGUAGAACAGCCGCGCCACGCCGCUGAGCGGGAGACGGCCUGUCCAGUGAGUGAGUGCCCCGUCAACUGCUCGCCGGGGCGCUGCGUGGAAGAGCAGCGUCGCCGCAUGUCGAGCCGGGGAACUAGUUUGCUUUCGAUUGCCUUUUUAUUUUUAAAGUUCCCCGUCAUCUCAAUUCCCCCUUAACUUGCCGCCUUACUCUUCACGGACAUGGGGGAUGACAUCAGCGCGUAGAACGGUUUGAACCAGACUCGGGCUACAAGGCCACAGGUAAACUAUCCCAGUGUCUUCCGGCCGGCCUUGACGCAAUCUGACUACUAAAAACCUCGCGGUAGCUGGGGGGCGUUCUAGUCUUC